AGUUCCGAGUUCAUUGGCAGUGAUGUAAUAUGGCUGCAAACGUAGUCGCUCCCAAGUGGGUUUAGAGCCAAAUGAUAACCGUUUAAGUUGGAAUCGCAUUCAUAACUUCCAGUCCACACUUAGCCUGGUCAUAUCGAUUCAUUUUUCUGGAAUAUUGCUGAGCGUCACACUAUAUUGGUUUUCGACAAUUAAUUGCAAACAUCUACUUUGGUAUCUCUGGAAGAAUUUGCAGAUCACUGAAAAAGGCAGCGUAAGCUUACAGCUGCAACAGGAACCAUGUGGAACUGUAGUCUCGAAAUUGGAACUUCUGCGUGUGGACUUCUUAGAAUAAAGGAGAAUGCAAGUUCGGCUUCAAACACUACGGAUCUUUAUGGGAGAGAUGAGGAGUUAGCGAAAAUUGAAAUCACUGUACUAGCAGUAAUCUUUUUAGUGGCUGUGAUAGGCAACAUUAGUGUGUUGCUUGCUCUAUACAAAAGCAAGAAAAAGAUGUCUAGGAUGCAUCUUUUUAUUAAACAUCUUAGUUUAGCUGACCUGGUUGUGGCAUUUUUUCAGGUUCUGCCGCAGCUCUGCUGGGAAGUAACCUACAGGUUUUAUGGACCGGAUAUUCUUUGUAGAAUAGUGAAGCACCUACAAGUUAUGGGCAUGUUUGCCUCAACAUAUAUGUUGGUUAUCAUGACAGUUGAUCGCUAUAUUGCUAUAUGCCACCCACUGAAAACUUUACAACAGCCUACUAAGAGGUCCUAUAUGAUGAUCAUCACUGCUUGGGUUGGAAGUUUUGUCCUGAGUACCCCGCAGUAUUUCAUAUUUUCCUUGACUGAAGUAAAAAACGGUUCUGAUGUGCAUGACUGUUGGGCAAAUUUUAUCAUGCCUUGGGGAGCUAAAGCUUACAUUACUUGGAUAACGUUUGGAAUAUUCAUAAUCCCGGUGAUCAUUCUGACAACUUGUUAUGGUUUCAUCUGUCAUAGCAUUUGGAGAAACAUCAAGUGCAAGACAAGGCAGGGUAUGUCGGAGUACGCUUUGAAGAACGGGCUAAUGCCUUCAUGUGUUAGUAGUGUGAGGACAAUUUCCAGAGCCAAGAUCCGCACAGUAAAAAUGACAUUCGUGAUUGUCGUGGCUUACAUCGUUUGUUGGGCUCCUUUCUUUAUCGUUCAGAUGUGGUCGGUGUGGGAUGAUCAGUUCUCUUGGGAUGAGUCUGAAAACACUGCUGUUACAGUCUCCGCACUGCUGGCCAGUUUAAACAGCUGCUGCAAUCCAUGGAUUUAUAUGUUCUUCAGUGGACACCUUCUACAAGAUUUUAUCCAGUGCUUCCCUUGUUGUCAAAUGCAGCAGGCUUUACAUGAAGAAGAAUCAGACAGCAGCACAAGAAGGCAAACCUCUCUAACCAAGAUGAACAGCCGAAGUCCCACAUGCAGCAUAGGAACCUGGAAGGAAUCGCCCAAGUCUGCAAGAUCGAUUCCCGUUGAAAGCUGAUGAAAUGAUUCCACUACAAAACAAGGAUCAGACUAUAGACCCCAAACUGAACUUCUGGGGAUGAGAAUUAAUUAAUUAAAGCUUGGCACAUAAGUGAGGGGGAGAUACCAAAACUGAGGGCUAUGUGUACAAAAUAGUAAAUGCCACACAUAAAUCACCAUGAAGAUUAUAUGGUUUUUGCUCAUUACAUAAUUGUUUUGCAUGGUAUAUGCUAUUGUCAGUCACACAUAAGCUUGCACCAUCUUUUACAACCUUCUGGCUUCCUUGAAAAAAAAUGGUAUUUGGCACUUUCUAGAAGGGGUUAUGACAUUAUAGAAAUAGUGGCCACUUCAUAUCCAAGAAUUUCAAAAUCCACAAUAAACAUUUGGAAGGAGCUGUUUCUAUUUCUUAGUGGAAAGGUUUACAGAAUGUUAUCUAUAUAUUCCUCAUGCAAGUAGGCAAACAGGUGAGUUUUGUAUUCUAUAUGUAGAAACAAGAACAGUGAAAGAAUCAUAAGAUCUAUUAUGAAUAGUAAUAUAUAUUUAAUAUAGAUGACUUUAAACUCAAGUAAUGAUUAUAACUGUUUGAGGAUAUUAAUGUCUCAAGGUAAAUAAAGUAGCAAAGAGUAGAAGCACAGAUAGCUGAUUUCUAUGCCAAAGAAAGCUGCAAUGGAUCCACGAUAUAACAGUCUGAAACUCAUGUUUCCUCCUUCUGUUCUUUUAUCUGCAUAAGUACUUUCUUUGCUGUGGUAACAGCAGAUGUGCCAUAUGCAUUCUGUAAUGCAGAAAUUGCACAGCAAAUCACAUGAAAGAACAUGUUGCACUUGGGAAGAGCAUAUCUGUUGUUUUUUUUUUCUUAUUUCUUUCAUGUGAAAUCCUCUACUGACUGUCCAGCCCUGACACACAUAAUAUAUAUUUUGAGUAAAAACAGCUGCACGCUGUUAAUACAGUUUCUGCCAUCACCCUGCUGAACAAAACUGCAGGGAUGUAGUUUAAAUAAAGGAAAGGUAUUUGUUUUUGUAAUAUUGGAAAGUGAAAAUCUGCUCCACAGAACAUUAGAUUAUUAUUAACUCUGGUAUGUAUGUAUAGUAAAAAGACUGCUAAAUGUAAUGUUUGCACUGUUAAACUUGUACAUAUUUUAAUUCCAGGCAACCUUAACAAAAUAUUCUCUACUUGUCAUGAACUGUACCAAUAGUCUGCCAUGGAACAUAUAUUUUACCUGGUUAAGAAUGCUUUCUCUAAAUCUUGCAAAUUGCUGCAACAAUAUUUAAAAGCUUCAGAAGUUUAGGUGUGCCUAAAAUGAACUGCUGUGGAUCAAAAUGAUUUUGUCACUGUGUUUCUCUGUUUUUAAUUUUAUCUUUGUCAGACUUAGCUGGCAGAGUAACUUGUCUAAUUCUGUUAUUUUAUUUUAUUUUUUUUCUUUCACAUAACUGCAAUACUUGAAUAUUAGAUGUAUUUACAAGUCAGGCUGCACUUCAUAAAGAAUAAAGUUUAUAUUACCUG